AUGGCUGAAAGUUUAAACAUUGACUUCAUCCCGCCAAAGUUAUAUAUACCAUGCACUGGGCAAAUUUCUAAUUACUCCAAAAAUCAAGUUUCCUGUUUAGGGAAGUUGCGAAGAACUUGGAGUUAUCGGAAUAAAGAUAUACUUAUAUCCCAUAUGAUAUACAUUCGAUUCAAAAAUCAACUACACAAAUUCCUUUUUUUCAAAUCAUUCUCUUCUGUUCGACGCAGUUUAGCACAACUUUGUGAUGGUCCUAUCCUAAAUGGGAUUUCAAAUUUUUGUACUAUGUCUUUAAAAUGUAAAAGUGAACAUUGUGUGAGUGGACAUACUUUGGAUCAUGCACUAGUAUGCCUAAUCCAAUUGUAUAAAAAAAUAGAAACAUUGCUUAUUCGUUUGAAUUCCUGCUGGAGGUCAUGUGAAGCACAGUUUACUACCGGACACUUUACCAAAGUCCUCUUAUUAAUAAUGACAGUACUUUCAGGUUUAAGAGUUCAAUCUCUUAAUUCUCUAGAUGAAGUUAAUUGUUGUUAUGGUAACCUCUUUGCAGUCCGGAGAUCUUUAACAGAUACAAAGACUUGGCUACCAUCUGAUAUUACUCUACCGUCUUCGUUAAAUCAUCAAACAAAGCCACCAGCAACAGAUGUGAAUAAUCGCAAAGUUUUAGAUUUUGGCGAAAUUCGAACUAAAGAUAUCCCAAAGUUUUUGACUUCAAAAGGGACUCCUGAUAAUUCCGAUUCCCAUGAAGCCAUAAGUUCUAAUAAACCUCUCGCUAACAAUAGCAAGAAGGCUAAAAGACUUAGUGUGGAUACUCAGCGUUCACUAGCUACAAUACUUCCACGCGGCACUCAGAAGAAACAAGAAGAUCUUCUUUCUGUACUUCUCAGCCGCAGAUAG